CACACAGAUCAGAGAGAGUUACGGAUGGAUGGUAUGAGUCAUGAUCAUGAUAUGAGUGGCAUUGCUGGAGCGAUGCCACCAUCAUCCAUGAACAACGGGAUGCAUGGCAUGCACAUGAAGAAGAUGAUGAUGCACAUGACCUUCUUCUGGGGCACGCACACAGAGGUGCUCUUCGACGGCUGGCCCGGCAGGAGAACUGGCAUGUACGUGGUAAGCUUGGUAUUCGUGUUUGUGCUGUCUUUCCUGGUGGAGUGGCUCUCUCAUUCCCGACUGCUCAAACGUGGAUCGAUCAAUGUCCCGGCCGGUAUGUUCCAAACCCUCUUGUAUGCCAUAAGGGUUGGGCUGAGUUAUUUGGUUAUGUUGGCUCUCAUGUCUUACAACGGCGGUGUGUUUUUGGUUGCCGUUGCCGGUCAUGCUUUCGGAUUUCUGAUCUUUGGAAGUCGGGUUUUCAACAAGCCAGAUCAUAAUGCUGUCAAAGGAUUUGAUCCUCCUCCAAUGACUUGUUGAAUAGAAAACAAUGGGGCCCGCAUUUUGAUUGAUCUUAGGUUUACGACGUUGUAAUUUUCUUAAUCCCUUUUUAUUUUUUUGGUUUUGAGAAUAAUAGGCCCUUUUCAGAUAGCUAGGUUUCGACUGCUGUAUGGAGUCUCUCUUUCAGCAAAACACAGUAUUUUCUUAGCUUUUCUAUGAAAAAGAAAUCAAUUGAAUAGAAAAUUUAGAGAGGAUCGGAGGGUUUUCGUUUUCAAUUCUCUUUAACUUUCCAGAAUAAUUUCCAAAUUGGAAUUGGGUGAGUGGAAAUGUGUGGUUGGGAAGCAAUAAAUGGCAUGAUGAUCAUGAACCUGGCCAUUAAUUGAGCGCUUUGAUCUUUAAAGAUACAGCAAGAGGGGUCCAUUAAACAUCAUUGGAUUUAAUUUGUCCUCUUCGAAACUCAAUACCAAGUUAUAUUUGAUUGAUCAACUAUGGCUGUCUUUUUAAAGGAAGAAUAAUAACAGAAAGAGCAUUUAGUUU